CCAUGAUCAGCAAUGGUACGUGUUUCCUCCUGCCAGUCGUUCUUCCUCAUUUGCCCAAGAAUCCUGUUUGACCUGUUUGGAUGGACCCCCCUUCAUAUGAGGAGGCCAGUCGCCAACCUCCUGCUCUGCCCAUUGCAGCUUUUAACGCUCCCCCGCCUGCCUAUGACGCCUCUCUCUCAUCCCCACCGACACCUCCACCUGCCUACAGAGAAGCAGUUACAGUUCAGCCAGAUCCUUUUCCUGUCCUGUCUGUGCCAACUGCCGUGUCCUCACCUCCCCACCGAAGCACUGGAGUCAUAGUCCAUCCCAUUACUCAAAUUAAUCCGCAUGCUUCUCGUGCUCGCGCUGCAGCUUCUGCUCCAGCUGCUGCGUCCUCGCGUUCCCGACAAGCUGGUGCUGCACCGCGGGUCAACAGCAGACAAACUCAGCCAAUAGCAGUAGUGAGCCAGCCACAGCCUGUUCCCAUAGCGGUGGAAUAUCUGAGAGGCGCCCCUGGUUUGGUACGCUGCCCACACUGCAGUCAUCUUGUAACCAGUAAAGUCACACAUGUACCUGGGACAGCUGCUUGGUGCUGGUGUGUCAUUCUUGCAAUGGCAGGGCUCAUCUGCGGUUUCUGUCUCAUUCCAUUAAUGGUACAGGGAAUGCAAGACACACAUCACUCCUGCCCACAGUGUGGAAACCCUCUACACGUGCACAAAAGAUGACCCUGUGAGGAUUAAUUAACCUUACACAUCGAAGUGUGGACAAAUGAACUAAUGAACUUGUGAUGCUAGUGUGACAUCUAUG